AAGACAUUGAGAUGGACUGCACUGAGAAACAUGAUAAUAUGAAGAGAAAUCAAUGACAUUGAACAAAAUAUGUUCCCAGGUAGUGUUGAAUGAAAAAAUAUCUAGUGUGGAAACAAAAAAGGAAGAUUGUCAAAUACAAUUUAAAAUGCCAACUUUUAAACUUCCCUCGUCGAACCUGAAAAAGUCUACCACUGACAAUGUCUCGUCGAGUCCUGGGACAUUAACAAAAGUAAAUAAGGACGAUUCGUCUGCUAGAAUAUCGACUUUCGAUAAACAGAAUUCUCGAGAUGGAGAAACUUCGGACUCAAAUAAAGUUGUUACUUUACAUUUAGUGGAAGGAGGCAAAGCUUCAGAAAUUGAAUCGCGAACAACGUCAGACCAACGUCAGAAUCUGAAUCAACCAGAUGUAUCCACCAACUCGAACUCGUCAUCCCAGCCGAAAUUAGUUAAUAGUUCCCCACCCCCAGUACCAUACAAAGAACCACAGUGGAGCGGAGUCCCCGAAUCCACAUACACUCUUGACGUUCUUAAAAACGGUUGUAUUCAUUCCCAGAUAGCGUUAAACAACCGGCCCUACCAUGUGUUUGGGCGUUUAGUUAGCUGUGAUGUGGUUCUUGAACACCCAUCAGUUUCGCGAUACCAUGCUGUGUUGCAGUAUAGAGCAUUUAGUGAUGACGAUCAUCCGCAAGGUUUUUAUUUGUAUGACCUGAAGAGUACACACGGAACAUUCCAGAAUAAAUGUCAACUGACUCCAAAAACCUAUUACAGAGUGAGAGUGGGUCACAUGUUUAAAGUUGGAGGAAGUUCACGACUGUAUAUUUUGCAGGGUCCUGAGGAGGAUGCAGAUGAGGAAUCAGAACUCACAGUGACUGAAAUAAAAGAAUUGCGACAGAAGCAGUUAGAGAAGUUAGAAGCCUUAGAAAAAGUUGAAGAUGAUAAAAAAGAUGUCGAUGAAGAAACUGAAAUGGUUAAGAAAGUUACAGAAGAGGAUAGUGGAAUUGAUUGGGGAAUGGGAGUGGAUGCCAGUGAAGAGGACACUGGUGAUAAUCCGUAUGCUACCAUGGAAUUUAUGCGUGAAAAAGAUCCACUUGACUUGAAGGAUCCUAAAAAGACUUUGAGAGGAUAUUUUGAAAGGGAAGGUGAAGAAUUGGAAUAUGAAGUUGAUGAGAGAGGUUUAAGUCAUGCUAGGGAGUAUAUAUGCAGAGUCAGAUUACCCAUUGAGGAUGCAAGUGGAAACUCAAUUUAUGCUGAAGCGUCUGUGACUGGUAAAAAGAAAGAAGCUGUGAUAGCCUGUGCUGUAGAAGCCUGUAGAAUACUUGAUGGACAUGGAGUACUCAGACAAUCAACACAUGAGAGUAAGAAGAAAAAAUCCAAGAAGUGGGAGGAUGAUGACUAUUAUGACAGCGACGAUGACACAUUCUUAGAUCGAACAGGGAUUAUUGAGAUAAAAAGAUUACAAAGAAUGAAGAAAGCGGGAAAAGAAGAGACAGUUGUUGAAACUUACGAUUCAUUGAUGUCAAAGUUCACAGAAGUUGAAAGCCAGAUCACAAGUAUUGAACAAGAAAUAGAAGAGCAACAGUCAGAAUCCACAGAGCAGUCCACAUCAACCAGCUAUGAAGAUUCAUUAGAUGCAUUUAUGCAGACAAUAAAGUCUGGCAGCAGGAAAGACAAAGUUUCUAGGUCGAAACUCAAACUUAAACUUUAUGACUUGAGAAAAGACAGAUUGAAAUUGCAGAAGUUAAUGAAGGUUGCAAAGCCAACUGCUUUGCCGGAGCUGAAAAAAUCCCCAGUUGCUGCAACAAAGAGAUCCACUGACGUUCCCAAGUCAUUUACUGUGGGUAGAAUGCCAAUGGUCGGCACUAUGAAGAAAUCAACCAUUUCAUUCAAGAAAUUCAAAUCUGACACUUUAGCUUCUGCUGUGAAAACUGUCUCUUCUGCUCCAGAAGAGGAUGAGGAGGAUGAUGAUGAUGAUGAAGAAGAAGGUGUUGUCAAGGAAACACCUACAAUAACAACAUCAGACUUGUCUAGUACAGCUACAGAAGAGAAUUGCAACAAAGAUGACAAUUUGACACAUGUGAGCAGCAGUGAACCCAUGGUUGAUAUGACAACUGUAACUGCAGAAGAUGCUGGGGAUGAAGAGGAAAGAGUGAAAGAAAUAAAGUCAUCGCCUGAAAAGACGAAAGAGUGCAAAGAAUCAAAAAGAUCUACUAAAAAGCCCGUCACCAAACUUCCACCUGUGCAGUAUGAUCAGCUAGAGGAAGACGAUACAUAUGCGGCUUGGAUGCCACCAGUUGGGCAAACUGGAGAUGGUAAAACUCAUCUAAAUGACAAAUAUGGAUACUGAUCUAUUUGUAUCAUAGCAACACCUUAUUCCAUCAAGCAUAUAUUUUAUGCUUGAUAAUAAAUUUUUCUUUACUUUUGUGUCUGAUUUCAUAUAUUGUAGUCAUGUUUCUUGCCCAGUAAAAGUCUAUAUACAGCUAAGCAAGAUUUUCUAAAAAAGAAGUAAAGUCAACACACUAAUACAGUAGUUUACAUUCACUUUAUUUAGAUACAAACUAUUGAUUCGAAUUUCAUGUAAUACAAGCAAUGUAUUUUACACACAUUGUGUGCGUUGCCAUGACUCCCAUAUCGAAUAAGA